AUGGAGCAAUGGGCGUACUACCUUUGCCUCUUCCUGGCUCUCCUCCUCCCUCUCCUGCUGCUCAAGCUCAACAGCAAGCGUGGCGGCGUGCGUCUGCCACCCGGUCCGUGGCGGCUGCCGGUCAUCGGCAGCCUGCACCACCUUGCCGGCAACCCGCUCGUGCACCGUGUCAUGGCCGAUCUGGCGCGCCGGCUGGACGCGCCGCUCAUGUACCUCAAGCUCGGCGAGGUGCCGGUGGUGGUGGCCACAUCCCCGGAGGCCGCCCGCGAGAUCAUGCGGACGCACGACGUCGUCUUCGCGACGCGUCCGUGGAGCCCCACCGUCAAGAUCAUGAACGCCGACGGGCAAGGCCUGAUAUUCGCGCGCUACGGCGUGCUGUGGCGCCAGCUCCGCAAGAUCUGCAUCCUGGAGCUGCUCAGCGCGCGCCGCGUGCAGUCGUUCCGCCACAUCAGGGAGGACGAGGUCGCCCGCCUCGUGGCCGCGGUUGCCGCAGUGUCGCCCGGGGAGCCCGUGAACGUGAGCGAGCGGAUCGCGGUGCUUAUCACCGACUCAGCGGUGCGUGCCAUGAUCGGGGACAGGUUCAAGAGGCGGGAGGAGUUCUUGCAGACACUCGACGAAGGGGUCAAGCUCGUCGCCGGGUUCAACCUCGGCGACCUGUUCCCGUCGUCGCGCCUCGCCAGCUUCAUCAGCGGCACGGCGCGGCUGGCCGAGGAGAACCACCGCAAGAGCUUUGAGCUCAUGGAGUACGCGAUCCAGCAGCACAAGCAGCAGAGGUCCGCUGCCUCAUCGAACGGUGACGUGGAGGAAGGAGGAGAGGACCUAGUGGACACGCUCUUGAGGAUACGCAAGGAAGGAGGCCUCGACGUGCCUCUUACCAUGGGCAUGAUCAAAGCAGUUAUACUGGAUCUAUUUGGUGCCGGGAGCGAGACGUCAGCUACCACACUUCAAUGGGCCAUGUCGGAGCUCAUGAGGCACCCAAACGUGAUGCACAAAGCACAAGCUGAAGUACGCAACAACCUCCAAGGAAAACAUAAGGUGACCGAGGAUGACUUGGCCAAUCUCAAGUACCUCAGACUCGUCAUCAAGGAGACCAUGAGGUUGCAUCCAGCCGCGCCACUGCUUCUCCCUAGAGAGGCCAUGGAGCCUUGCAAAAUUCUCGGGUACGACAUACCCAAGGGCACCACAGUACUGGUAAAUGCAUGGGCGAUCGGCCGGGACCCUAAGCAUUGGGAUGAUCCUGAGGAGUUCAAGCCGGAGAGGUUCGAGUCUGGAAUGGUCGACUUGAAAGGCACAAACUUUGAGUACAUACCAUUCGGGGCAGGCAGGAGAAUGUGCCCUGGAAUGACAUUUGCGCAGGCCAGCAUGGAGAUUGUGCUUGCCUCACUUCUCUACCACUUUAAUUGGGAGCUCCCAAGUGGGGUCAAGCCAGAUGGGCUAGACAUGACCGAGGAGAUGGGCCUCACCGUCCGGCGAAAGAACGACUUGUAUCUGCACGUCGUGUGUACUUGUGUGAUUGCUAGACUGCCUUGUCAGAUUUGA